AUGGCCACUCCCGCCAUCGCUAAAAUGCGUGCCCGCAGCCGCCAACAGCCGGUGCGGCUGUCUGAUGAACAGAAGCUGAAGCGUCGCGAGGAGCGAGAGAACAAGAAGUCGGCCAUCCCGAAGUGGCUUGUCUGGAGCAUGCUCGUCAUCGUCGUCGGAUCGUCGCUGGUUAACAUCUACUUCUCUGUGGUGCAGUCACCGAGGAGGAUGGAAUAA